GAGCAUGUAUUGCGACAGUGUGGGCAGUAUCAGAGGGAAAGAGAGAUGCUGAGAUCUAGUAUGAGGGACAAGGGGAUACAGGAAAUUAGUUUAGAGUAUAUUGAGUUGAACGUCAUUCGAUAUAGUCUCAAAUAUUUUGUUAUCUUUUUUAAGAGCAACAGGGCUGGCAGGUACGAUUUAGUUUUUCCCUGUCGCGAACCCACACUCCAGUACAGUAGGUGGCGGUAAUGCACCAUAACGUUGGAUGCCAACUGCCGAUAAAUCCCACCAAAGAAGAAGAAGACUACGCGAGACUCUUCCCCUCUCUCCCUUCCAGAAAAUUCAGCGUGACUGACGUUUCGUGUCUCUAUAGACUUAAAAAUGCGUUACGUGGCCGCUUACCUCCUGGCUGUGCUCGGUGGCAACACCAGCCCCUCCUCAAAGGACAUCAAGACCAUCCUGGGGAGUGUUGGAAUCGAGGCCGAAGCGGAGCGCCUAAACAAGGUUGUCAAUGAAUUAAAUGGAAAAGACAUCAACGAAGUCAUGAACGCUGGCCUCUCUAAGUUGGCCUCCGUGCCAGCAGGUGGUGCUGUGGCAGCUCCUGCAGCUGGCGCUGUAGCUGGCACUGCUCCUGUUGCUGCGGAAGAGAAAAAGGAGGAGAAGAAAGAGGAAUCUGAAGAGGGAUCUGAUGACGACAUGGGAUUCGGCCUCUUUGAUUAAUUUUUCUUCCGCGAGAAGUGAAAAAAAACAAUAAAAUUUGAAAUUGUUACCAGAAA